AAUCAUAUCACAGUCCGGAGACAUCUCGGUUUUGGAUUGGGUCGGAGAGCCAUCACCAUUUCAUAGCUGUUUCCCUGCCCAGAUCACCUCGUAUCAAAAGGUGCCAUUGCCUCCACCCCGCUCAAGCGCAGAAGAGCAGUCAUCGACGAGUCAGCAGUCUACGUCGUUCAAAGCAAUGCAAAAAUUGCGUCGCUCACUUGCCACGUCUCUCCGCCCUCAUUUUCUCACUCGUUCCGUGUCCGGCUUCUAUACCCUUCCCAGCGCACCCUUCCCACGAUUUACCAAUGGCUGCCUUAUAUUAUCAUGUAUCGCUCACCGUGUUACAGCUGUUCAGCUGAAAGUGGCAGAUCCAUCCGCACCGAGUUACACGUACAAGAUCCAGGCAUUCGGCCUCAAGCCACUUGAGAUUGCACUUCCAGACAAGCUGGAAAAUGCAACGGGGUCGCAAGGUUCUCUGCAGGUUGUUCGCCCUUGGCACCCAAAGUCGCUUGUUCCCACCGCGCUAGAUCUUGCCGUGAAUGAAGAGAAGCUGCUUUCUACACUUGGGCGGCCAUUUAAUGCUCUUCUGUUGUCUCGACUACCUUUCAACGAGCACAAAAGGAUCGCCAUUUUGAGAAGCAAAGUUGAGAUAUUCAAUAUCGUGUAGAUAGCCAUCGCGUUAUUAUAUCCCACGUCGCGAACACUAGUCUGGAAAAUAUUUGCAUUGAUUCUGUUAGUGAGGAAAGGGCGGACGGGUCGAUUAGCUCCCUCGAAGAUGCUUUCUAUGAAAGUGCCAGACUCCUAUGUAUUGUAUGCAGAUCUCUUGAAACCUUAUGUAAAUAUCUUCCUAACGUUGUCUACCGCUGGGACGAAUCUUGAG